ACGUGUCAAACGCUGGUCACCACGAACAUCGUUGAAUCUCAUGAUCCCGGCUCGAUCAUGAUGGAUUCCAAAAGGAGUUUUAGUCUUGAGGAGCAACAUCUAGUUGGUAGUUAUGAUAAGAAAACAUAUCCCAAAAAAUUCGCUGGUCUGGUAGUGGUCGCACUGCUCGCCGGAGCCGUGGCAGGUGGAAUCUACCUGGGUAUCCUACUAACCGGACCCGAAGACGAUGCAGCUCCUACCGGUAGUGGAUAUUAUGUGUACAGAGAGGCCGCCGUGGCCGCAGAUGCACCGAUAUGCUCAGAGCUUGGAAGGAACGUGUUGUUGAAUAAGGGAAGUGCCAUUGAUGCAGCCAUCACUGCUCUGCUGUGUGUCGGGAUGUAUAACAUGCAGAGUACCGGGAUUGGAGGGGGAAACUUCAUCCUUUAUUACGACAGAGAACAAGAAAAGCCUUUCUUCAUUGAUGCCCGCGAGAGGGCGCCAGCAGCUGCGCAUCGCGACAUGUUCGAGAACAAGUCGGACGAUGCUUCUAUCUUUGGACCGCUUGCUAUCGGUGUACCGGGGGAGAUCAUGGGGUACUGGGAGGCCCACCAGAGCUUCGGUAAGAGACCGUGGAAAGAACUGCUCCAGCCUGUAAUCGACCUAGCAGUAAAUGGUUUCGAGAUAGGAGAACCCCUGCACGAGGCCAUACAUCAAUAUCAAAAUGUGAUUCUCAACGAUACUAGCUUGAGCGAAAUCUUGACGGAUGCCGAUGGGAAUAUCUUGAGCUUGGGUGACACGGUCUACAGGCCCAAACUGGCGAAGACCCUCCGUAUGAUCGCUGACAGAGGGGCCGAGGCGCUGUACACAGGGGAAAUCGCACAGGAUAUAGCUUCAGAAAUUCAAGACAGAGGCGGCUUGAUCACGGUGGAGGAUCUCGCGCGCUACCAAGUAGUGAGAAGAGAGCCGUUGACGGUGGAUAUCAAUGACUUGCAAGCAUUCACUGGUCCUCCUCCGUGUAGCGGUCCAGUAUACGCACUCAUCAUGAAUAUACUCGAAGGAUACGGAUUCAAUUCUAGGACAAUGCUAUCGGGAGAGGGAGAAGUUCUGACAUAUCAUCGAAUUAUUGAAGCUUUCAAAUUCGGUUAUGGCAAGAGGAGUGCUUUAGGAGAUUCGAGUUUUGUUAAUUUGACAGAUCUGGUGGCAAACAUGACCGCACAAUCCUACGCCGAUGCUCUCCGCGCGAGAAUUGACGAUGACCGGACGCAUAACUACACGUAUUACGAACCCGAGUUCCAACUCGUUGAAGACAGCGGUACGUCUCAUAUCUCGAUCGUCGACCAGUACGGCAAUGCAGCUGCGAUUACGAGUACCAUCAAUACCUUCUUUGGGUCGAAAGUCCGCGGGGAAAAGACAGGGAUCAUUUACAACAACGAGAUGGACGACUUCUCCCAGCCCGGAGUCAACAACUUCUACGGCGUUCCUCCCUCGCCGUCGAAUUUCAUCGAGCCCGGAAAACGUCCGAUGUCGUCGAUGACGCCCGUCAUCGUUGUCGACAGGGAAGGUGACGUCAGACUGGUGACAGGCGCAUCGGGUGGAACUAGAAUUACCUUGUCUGCAAGCUUAGUCAGCAUUGAAAACUUGUGGUUCGGUUCAAGUAUCCGAGAUGCUAUAGAACGGAAACGGAUAUAUCACCAGUUAAUACCCGAGGAUCCGUUCUACGAGGAUGGCUUCCCUCAGGACAUCGUAGAUGGUUUAGCAAGAAAAGGCCACCGUCCUCUGGUUUCCAGCCGCUCCGCGGUCGUCCAGGGGAUCGAACGUCUGGACGAUGGGUUGCUACGGGCUCACAGUGAUAGCAGGAAGGGUGGAAUACCUUCGGGUUUCUAAUGGCCACGCCCAUACAUGACCACGCCCUUGACAUGCUCAUACAUCCCGAGCCGGACUGCGACUGAAAAAGUGACCCGGUACUCGCAAGGUUCGAUCGGUCAACUGCGACUUCAUUCCCCUUCCCGUCAACCAAAAAGGGACCGACCCUCAAGCCAAUUCUGUCGUUUAUCAAUCUGCUUAUUUUGAAUCCACCCAAAGUUCAUGUGUUUAUACUUUUGAUUGUUUGUUUCUGAUUAUCUCAAUUCUCUUUAGUCAUAUCAAGUACAUAGUUUGAGACUGUAUUAAUUUUUUUCAUCUUUCAUAAUUAAUACAUGUUUUGUAAGAGUAACGCACAACGCGAUGUCCCGUUUGAAACUACAUGAUACAAUUAAUUAUGUUACUGUUUAUACUAUCUACUUGUAUACUUGUUCAUGUCAUUCCCUACACUCCACGCACUAUAUAGAGAAUCGGCUGUUUUAAGAAACGACACGAUAUUGUACAAAAAACAAGUCCCGUUGAUGUAAUAUGUUGAUUGCAUUCUAAUUUAUUGUGCAAUAUUUAUGAUGAUUUUCGUAAUGAUGAUAAUGAUAGGAAUGAUG